GUCGUAACUCGUAACCAACAACAGUUCGUCUGACAAGUAUCCUUCCUGUCAUGAUUCUGUCGCCGCGCCGUCCCAGUACGGUAUCACACCAGUGACUGUUUGACUCACGUGUGUAACGGUGCGUUUGCCGUUCAGUGUGCAUUACCCUGCCCAACCGUCGCUAUCACAGCCCAGUACCUACGUACCAGUGACUGUUUGACUCACGUGCGUAACGGGAAACAUGGCUAAGGAAAUUAAGCAGCGAACAUACACACAGAAGUUUAGAAAACAGUGGCUGCAAGAUGAUAUAUGCAAGGACUGGAUCGCAGAAGUUCCUAACGACGAAAAAAGUGUUCUUUGCAAAUAUUGUAAAUCAACUUUCAGAGCAAAAUAUUAUGACAUAAAGGAUCACGCAAAGAGCAAGAAACACCAAGUGAACAGUGCACCCUUUUCUUCUUCCCGACAAGCAAAAAUAAGUUUUACCAAGGUUACUAAGUCUCGUGAUGUGGCUCGAGCUGAAGCUCAUUUAGCACUUUUCGUUGCCAAACACUGUGCCAUUAGUUCAUGUGAUCACCUAGUAGAUGUAGUGAAAAAGUGUUUCAGUGAUAAAACGUCAUCAGAAGUUGCAAUGCACAGAACUAAAUGCACUGCAAUAAUCAAACACGUUCUGAUGCCCCACUUUGUUACUAAGUUGAAAGAGGACAUAGGUGACAGGAAGUACAGUAUUUUACUGGAUGAAUCCACAGAUAUUGCUGUUAAUAAAUACCUGGGAUUAGCAAUAAAUUACUUCAGUGAACAUUCACAGACACUAGUUUUACUUUCUUGCAUCUCGCACCACUACGAGUACAAGAAUGUGAUGCAAGGGGCAUCGUUGAUGCUCUGAAGACAUCUCUACAUGCAUAUGGACUGAACAUACAGAACAUGAUUGGAAUUGGAACUGACAACGCUAGUGUGAUGGUUGGUAUUAACAAUGGUGUUUAUAAGCAACUAAAAGAAGAAGUUCCUUCUUUAGUGCAUAUUCGCUGUAUAUGUCAUUCAGUCCAGUUAGCUGUGUCACACGCAAGUUCUGUAACCUUGCCAAGGAAUCUAGAAUUUCUCGUGAGUGAGACUUAUAACUGGUUUGCCAGAUCGUCCACAAGACAAAUGGCAUAUAAGGACUUAUUCAAACUGAUAAAUGAUGGACAUGAGCCUCUUAAAAUUGUACAAGCCUGCCACACCCGUUGGCUAUCUAUUGCUUCUGCAGUGCAAAGAAUAUGUGACCAGUGGUUGGAGCUGAAAACUCAUUUCAGUCUGACAAAAGCGUCAGAAAACUGCUACACAUCAGAAAUGUUGCAUGCCAUGUACAGUGAUGAAUUCAGCCAUGCUUACAUGAUUUUUCUGAAGUCUGUCUUAAGUGAGGUACAGAGGGUGAACAAGGUAUUUGAAUCUAACAUCCGUGACCCCUCAAAAUUGUUAGAUGAUUUGACAUUGCUGAUUGAAAGUCUAGUAAAUAGAGUCAUAUUGCCAAGCAACCAGCAUCGCAUAGAUCCCUUCACAUGCAACCUGGAAGAGUAUGUGGCCCCCAAGGUGAAUCUUGGAUACGAAACUGAGAAACUGUUAUCAGACCUGCCCAAGCAUGAAUCUGCGAAUUUAGAGGGGAAUCUACAGGAAAGAUGCAAACAUUUCCUUUUGACUCUAAUCACAGAACUUCGCCAUAGGCUUCCAGACAACGUGCGCGUAUUGAGAACCAUGUCACUAUUCAGUGUUGGAAACACACUCCGUGUGGUAAAGAACUCCAUUGCCCCUCUCUUGGAACUAUUAAAUGUUAGUGCAGAGGAUAUAACAAAAAUUGAGCUUCAGUGGUCAAAUAUAACCCUAGUAAAAUGGCUUGAAACAAAAGACACUGUAAAAUUUUGGGCUGAGGUUAACAGGUACAAAGACGCUUCAGACAAUAACCCUUAUCAUGAGCUCUCAUCUAUUGCGCUAACAGUGCUAAGUUUGCCACAUUCAAAUGCAGAAAUUGAGAGGGUUUUCAGCCAAAUGAACAUAAUAAAGACCAAAUUAAGAAAUAAAAUGCAAGCAGACACCACUAACGCAUUACUGCAUGUACGUUAUGGGCUGAAGCGAAUGUCGCAAACCUACUGAGUGACUCAGAGUGAGGAAUCCUCACUCUGAGUCACUCAGUAUUCUUGUACCCUCAGCGGCCAGCGCUGUUGAAUUCGCGUUGCUCCUGGAUAAUAUCAUUUCCCCUUCACUCUACAAUGAGUGGUUCAGGAGAGGAGGGGUGUAGUGGCAGCGUCACCCCACCAAAGAAAAAGAAGAAAGUGUGGUACCAGCAAACAUUUAAGAAGGAAUGGCUGGAGGACGAGGAACUGAAGGAGUGGUUGCAACCAGAUUCUGCAGAUAAAUACUCAGCGCUGUGUAGUGUAUGUGACUGCAAACUAAAGAAUUGUAACAAGUCCUCUCUUAUGGCACACAAGGCUUC